CCCAACCACAAACCCAACACAGCCCCCGCCAAUCCCACGAUUACAUGAAGAGCACGUAUCCGUCCCUCCAUGCUCAAAUGACCUUUAACAAGACGUUUUUGGUAGUGGUUCGCGGUGGUUCUUUUCGCCGUAUGCUGUGGUGAUGGUGGUUACUCUCAAGUCUAAAAAAAAAAAUGUGAUUUCUAUAAAGUAUAAACAACUCACAUAAUAAGCACACCCUUUCGAGAGAGUACUCGUUUGGCAUUUGCCAAUUUGUUGUUGGCUUUUGUUUUCUCCCAGAAAUAGUCAUACUUCAAUAUUUACUUUGAAGUACUAUAUAAUAUUCUCCUUUACGUAUAUUCUUUUUUGCAAACAUCGGGGACGACGGGUAUCGUAGAAAUCAGAAGCUGGGUUGUGCUUUGUGUGUGGGAGACAUCGAAACGUGAAUGGGUUUUAUCUUUAAGUAGAGUUGAAGUGUGGAAUGUGGUGUUUUGUGCAGGCCCUAAAUUCUGUUCGUUGAAAAUCUGAACUUUCAGACUCAUCUUCAGAAAGAUAAGAGUGUUUGGAGAAUGUCGUUGAAGUCCAUUUUUAGAGAGCUUAGGGGAAUAAGCAGUGGCAGAGAGACUAAGUGGAGGAAGCAAGGGGAGAAGAAGUCUGUCCUAGGCUGCGGGAGAUCACAUAUAGCUCCUGAAAGUCCACAACCAUCCGUAUUUGCAGUUGUUCAACAAAGUCGGUGGGCGAAUUUGCCUAUCGAGUUGCUUUUUGAUAUCAUUCGCAGAGUUGAGUCCAGUGAGACCUCAUGGCCUGCCAGAAGGGAUGUGGUUGUUUGUGCUGCUGUUUGCCGGUCCUGGAGAGAAGUAACUAAGGAAGUUGUUAGGACUCCUGAGCAAUGUGGCUUGCUCACCUUUCCCAUGUCACUGAAGCAGCCUGGGCCAAGGGAUUAUCCAAUCCAAUGCUUUAUCAGAAGAGAAAGAGGAACUUCGACAUUUCGCUUGUAUCUUGGAUUGAGUCCUGCACUUUCAGGAAAUGCUAGUAAACUGUUGUUAGCGGCUAAAAAGAUUAGAAGAGCCACAAAGACUGAUUUUGUGAUAUCCUAUUCUGCUGAUGAUUAUUCUCGAGCUAAUGAUUAUUACGUUGGAAAGUUGAGGUCCAAUUUCCUUGGCACCAAGUUUAUUGUGUACGACUCUUAUCCUGCAUGCAACUCUCCAGUCUCUUCAAGUGGCCAAUCACAUGUAAGGAUCCCUUCAAAGAAGGUCCUGCCAAGGUUACCUCUUGGAAACUACAGUACAGCUUCUAUAUGCUAUGAGCUGAAUGUUCUUCGCACAAGAGGGCCAAGAAGAAUGCAUUGCACCAUGCAUUCAAUUCCUGCAUCUACACUUCAAGAAGGGGGUGCUACUCCAGCUCCAGAAGCAUUUAGGAAUUGCCUGGAUGGAGAAUCCUCUUCUUGUUCAUUUGUAAAAGGGAGUACUCAAGAAUCAACUUUCAUUAAACUCCCUCUGCCCCCAGAAUCAAUUCAGAGCACUAAGAAUCCACUGGUCUUGAGAAACAAGGCGCCUAGAUGGCAUGAGCAAUUGCAAUGCUGGUGCCUAAAUUUCAAAGGGCGUGUUACUGUGGCCUCUGUCAAGAACUUUCAGCUGGUGGCAGCCAUGAAUCCAUCCGAGAUUAUUCCAGUUGAAGAACAAGAUAAGGUGAUCCUACAAUUUGGAAAGAUUGGAAAGGAUAUCUUUACAAUGGACUAUCGAUACCCCCUCUCUGCCUUCCAGGCCUUCGCAAUCUGUUUAAGCAGCUUUGACACUAAACCAGCAUGCGAGUAGUUGUACCAUGUUGCUUUUUCCAAAGUUAGUUUUUGUGUGUAAAUAUACCAAAGGAAGCCUGUUUGAGCCUCGUCUUUAGAUAGGACGAUUAUGUGUGAAAAUCCAAACAUUUAUGUUCAGUUUUCAAAUGUAUCUGAUCCUCGAAAGUGUAAGUUAUCGUGAUUUUAUUUCCCAGAAGUCUGUAAUGUUUUCAAAGUUAUUGGAGUCUUACA